UCGGCGCCGCGACGGCGGAAGCACGCAGACGCAUCUGGACCGACGUCGAUGAUGUACAGACGUGAGAAAGGCGGUGGAUAGAAUCCGGCGGCAUACUCCAGUCCGUUUCGAUUCCGCUCCGCGUUUAGUGUUCCGUCAGAAUUAACGAGUGUAUAAGGAAUUCACGAACUUUCACGACACGCGAGAUAAAGCACCUGGAUUCUGUGGAGGAGGUUCUAUCGAUUGUUCAAUAUCGACGAGUGAUAAGCGAGUUCGUUCUUCCCAUCUGUGCUCUCGUUGCUCGAAUGCGUUGCAACGCCCGAAUGUCGCGCAGGUCGAAACGUUAGGAGAAGAGAGAUCUCACAGAGAGCAAUGACAGAACGUAUCGCGAACCACCUGUGAAUCGGCUGGAGACACGUAUAUCAAGACAGCGAUGAUCUUUGAGGAUUACGGAUGUAAUUUGUGCGUUUGUGAUUUCCAUAUUUAUAACUGUGUGACAUUAUUUGUAAAGCGCGCGACGGACUGUGUAAUCGUGUGACAGUUAUAUACGAAAGUGUCCCGCAGGGAUAAUCGAGAGCAAAGCUGACGACGAUAUCGAGUAGAAUUGAUGACUAAUUGGAGGGUCAAGGAUAACAAACAUGAAAUACUUGAAAAUUGCAUUAUUUACGUUCAAUCUAUUAAUAUGGCUGGCUGGCUGCAUGGUGCUCGUUAUAGGCGCCUGGUUGCUCCUGGAGCCCAGCAAGGGGCACAUUCUCAAUCUUUUCGUAUCUGACGUGAAGCCGCACGAAACUAUUAAUCUGAUAGCUUACAGUCUCCUCGGCCUCGGUUUCAUCGUGCUUACGGUCGGCUUCUUCGGCUGUCGCGCCGCGCUACGCGGAAAUCAAUGCAUCCUCGCCACCUACAUGAGCAUGCUGGUCGCGCUCAUCGUCACGGAGCUGGUGACGGCGGCCAUCGGUGGGUUGAUGACUUUCCAGAUCCUGUCAGAUCUAGAGGAGAGGCUCACCAGUAAACUGGCAGUGAAUUAUGGUCACGAUCCGACCAGCGAUAUUCCCUUCAGCCACAGCUUGGAUUUUGCGCAGUACAAGUUUAAUUGCUGUGGAAUCCAUGGCGACGGCGAUUACAAUGGCACGGCUUGGUGGAGAGACGGUCAAAUCUCAGGAAACAGGAGGCAGGUUCCCCUCACAUGUUGUGUUCUCAAAAAUUCCGAGAAUAAGAAUACAGGCAGUCCGAUGAGCGUUGUUUCGAGAGUGUUUCACAAAAAUAACGAAAAACCGUGGCUGCAUCCGCAGCCGAGGGAUGAGGCCGCGUGUCAGAUAGAAGACAAAGAAGGCCAUGAGGGAUACAGACACAAAGAGGGCUGCCUUGGAAAAGUCACAAACUGGCUGCAGUGCGAAAGUUUCACGUUGGUAUUCCUCGGCAUGGCAAUGGCAGGAAUACAGACAUUCGGAAUAAUAACGUCCGCUUUCCUCUGUCGAACGAUAAGGGAUAUGCAGGAUGAAUGAUCCAUGAUUCGUAGUCUCAAUGAAGUAAAAAGAAUGUCAUGGCACAUUCGUUCUUGUCAUUGAGAGAAAGGAUACAUCUUCGUUUUGUAUCUUCGUGUACUAUCAUCUCUGCAAACAUUCUCAAAAUCUGUUUUGAGUCUUGUGAGUUAAGGACAAUGAUGUGAGUCGCAAAACUGCGACUUGAGAAUUCUGCGGACAGAAAGCAAGUUUUAUUUUGUUUUACGCAAACCGACCGAUCAACUUCGAAGCGAGAUAACGAUAAAUGCAUAUGCUUAAUUUUUACAUAAUUUCCUGGCACGCGUUUUGCUGCAAAGUCAGCAAUAAAGUGACCAAUACACUCUGAUGUAUAUAUACAAUACAUUCGCAUCUUUGUUGUGUUCACUCUAAAAACAAAAAACAAGCCGCGAUAUUACAAUGAUAUCUCGCUUAGAUUUUAUGACGAUUGCAGGCGAAGAUCGAUCAACAAGGCGAAUUGUUAUUCGCGAUAUCUUGUCGUCUUGUAAAUACACUUGCCAGUGCAGAUAAUAAAAGUAUGUGCGUCGUGUACGUGAGAAUUUUCGAAUCCUUUUUCCUUUCUGAAAAAUUUACCUGAUUCAAGAUACAAAAUAAUUUUUCGCACAAUGUUGUACAUGCAUUUUUAGAAAAAAUGAUUUUUGCGUGCGUGGAUGUAUGUAGAAGGGCUGGGACUGAUUGUGAUAUUCUCACUAUUGACAAAUUUUUUAAGCGCAGAUUUCUAUACAUUGAGAAAUAUAUUAAAAUCAUAUAACGCUUACGCGUUUGUAAUUUUCAAAGUAUUUUGUUUGACUAGACUAAAUUUAAAAAAUAUAUAUUAAUUUAGAAAAAGAUAAAUAAAAUUUUUUUACUUAAUAUAUGCUAACAUAUUUUAGGUAACAAAUCAUUGAAUUUUUUUACUUAUGUAUUUUUAAUUAUUUUAAUAAUCAAUAUUUGUUAUGAUACCAAAAUCUCUUUCUGUGAUCUGAAAACUUGAAGUGAUAAAAGUAUCAAUCGGCUCCAGCAACUUCUAAUAAUUGUGUAUAU